AUGUCACGGUUACACGAAGCACCACCAUCCUCGUCCGCAGACGCAGCGCAUGGAGACAAGGCCGAGGCGACAAAGGUGCGCGCCGCCCUCUCCAUGCUCGACCCCAUCCGCGACUUUACCCGCAUAGGCUCCAUCCCCUGCGCACGCAGCAGCCUACUCAUGGGCAUGGCAUCCGCAGCAGGCGUCGCCGGAAUCAGCCUCAUUGCAGGCAGAGGCAUGCGGCGCGGCCUCAACUGGGGCGUCGGCUCCUUUUGCUUCGUCUCACUUGCCUCGUGGGAGACGUGCCGCCGCUCGAGAAAGGCAGAGCAGGUGCGCAUGAAGACCGUCAUCGAAUCCUACAGCCGCGGCGGCAAAAAGAACGCCACCAACAUCGCAGAGCACGCAACAUCGCCCUCGUCGGAAUCAUAG